AUGUCUCGACGUGAUCGCACGCGGAUCGACUUCUCAUCCCUCGAGGCCUCGACGAACGACCCAUCUUCCACAACGCAAUAUCGCAUCUCGGCGCUACUCCGAGGACACACCGAUGACGUACGCGCUUUGACGAGUGCUCCCGAUGGGACGCUUUACUCUGCGUCGAGGGACGGGACCGUCAAGAGCUGGCGAACGACGGCGAAGGAACCGAAUGGACAGCAGGGGAGAUGGGAGUUGCGCAGGACUUGGGAGGGAUUGCACACGGGCUUUGUCAAUUCUGUUCGUUGGGUUGGGAAGGAGCGCUCGGAGACAGGUGAGCUCGUGUUCAGACAGGUCGUGAGCGCUCCGCCUGGUCAGGCCCGUGAUCACUGCAAGUGGAGCCCCGAUUGUCGAGCUGAUUCAGUCCUCACCUUUCGGGUGACGUUGCCCAGGCCUUCUCUGCACCGGUGGUCAAGAUUCUUUGAUUCAAGUCGUAUCAUUGUCCACCCCUGAUGCACCACCUCGUACCUUGCUCGGCCAUGGCCACAACGUAUGCUGCCUCCACGCUUCGGCAGACGGGAAGCGACUCGUUUCGUACGUAACCAACAUGCCUCGCCAAAUCGGUGCGACACUCAAGGCUGAAAGUCUCCUAUUGCUAUUGUCCAGAGGAAGCUGGGAUUGUACCGCGCGGAUAUGGGACCUCGACUCCGGGGAAUGCCUUCAAGUCUUGACCGACCACACCGCAGCCGUUUGGGAUGGGCUCUGCAUCGACGUCAAGGGGUAUGAAGGCACCGUGGUCACAGGUGAGCAAUAUCUCGUUGAAAAUUUCACGAGGGAAAGGUCCUGAUCCGACGUAUGUGAUUGUUGCAGCUUGUGCCGACGGCUUAAUCCGAUCGUUUCGCGACGGUCAACGGAAACAGCUUUUCAAAGGGCACGAAGGGCCCGUUCGAGCGUUGGCCAAGAUCACCCCCGAAGUCAACGAUGGGUUGAUGUUUGCUUCCGCGAGCAACGAUGGGUGAGCGAGAGGAUCAGGUUUACUCGGUCUUAGUCUUUCGCAAGGAUGUUGAGUGGUUGUGGAGUCUCGACGCGCACAGUACGAUCCGGAUCUGGCACCUCGACGGCACCGAACUGAACGUUUUGGAUGGCCAUGACUCGUUUAUUUAUUCGCUCGUCAGUAUACCUUCUUCCUCGAACGGAGGGUUGGCUUCCUCUGGCGAGGAUGGGAUCAUUAGGAUUUGGAAUGAGGAGGAUGGGGGAUUGGAUCAGGAGGUAUUGGUGCCGCCGCUCUCGGUGUGGUCGUUGACGACGCUUGCGGAUGGCGAUUUGGCUUGUGGGUGUUCGGACGAUUGUAUUUGGGUUUUCACGAGGGAUGAGGUGAGGAGGGGAGCGGAUGAAGGGACGAGGGUAGCGUAUGAGAGUGGUUUGAAGGAAAGGGAGAGGAUGCAGAAGCUCAAGGAGGGGAUGGACGAUGGGAAGAAUGAGAUGCCGAAGGUAGGAAAGGUCGAGGAGUUGGAGAAUGCGGGUACGAAGCAGGGCGAAGUCAAGCUGGUCGAGACGGAGAAGAAUGGAGUGCAUGCUUUCAUGGUGCGAAUGCUCCUUUGGUUUGCUGAGGAUUUCACCUGGAGGGCUGAUCCCUUCGUUAGAUCACACCGAAACAGUGGGACGGAACGACAUGGGAAGAUGUCGGACAAGUCGUCUCGCAAUCCUCAAGGUCACCAGCCUCGAAAUCGACUGAAAGGAUGCAACACGAAGGUGUCGAAUAUGACUACGUCUUCUCAAUCGACACCAAAGACGAUGAACCUCCCCUCAAAUUGCCUUACAAUAUCGGAGGUAAGCUUGUUCUCCAUUCUCCUAAGCGGUGA